CAAACUUCCAUCAACCUUUCCAGCCUUAAUCUCCCCUCAACGCAAUUGCAACUAGAUUGCAAUUGUUCUUCCUCACCACCAGAGGCGACACAUACCUGGAUAAGAUGUUCCGGAACGCCCUCCGACAGAGCACACGCGCCGUCGGCGCCCUCUCUGCCACGAGCAGAGUCGCCGCACGAAAUGCCGCACCCGCCGUCGCUGCCCUCCAAACCCGCACAUACGCCGAAGCCAGGGCCUCGCCGACCGAGGUCUCGUCCAUUCUCGAGCAGAGAAUCCGCGGCGUCCAGGAGGAGUCCGGCCUUGCCGAGACUGGUCGCGUCCUGUCUGUCGGUGAUGGUAUCGCCCGUGUGCACGGCUUGGCCAACGUGCAGGCCGAGGAGCUCGUCGAGUUCGCCUCCGGCGUCAAGGGCAUGUGCAUGAACCUCGAGGCCGGCCAGGUCGGUGUCGUGCUUUUCGGUUCUGACCGUCUCGUCAAGGAGGGCGAGACCGUCAAGCGUACCGGUGCUAUCGUCGAUGUCCCCGUCGGCCCCGAGCUUCUCGGCCGUGUCAUCGAUGCCCUCGGUAACCCCAUCGAUGGCAAGGGCCCCAUCAACGCCAAGGAGAGGCGCCGUGCCCAGCUCAAGGCUCCCGGCAUUCUCCCCCGCAAGUCGGUCAACCAGCCCGUGCAGACCGGUCUCAAGUCUGUCGACGCCAUGGUUCCCAUCGGCCGUGGCCAGCGUGAGUUGAUCAUUGGUGAUCGUCAGACCGGCAAGACUGCCGUCGCCCUCGACACCAUCCUCAACCAGAAGCGGUGGAACAACGGCACCGACGAGUCGAAGAAGCUCUACUGCAUCUACGCCGCCGUCGGCCAGAAGCGCUCCACCGUCGCCCAGCUCGUCAAGACGCUCGAGGAGAACGAUGCCAUGAAGUACUCGAUUGUCAUCGCCGCCACUGCCUCCGAGGCCGCCCCUCUGCAGUACCUUGCUCCUUUCACCGCUGCUGCUGUCGGGGAGCACUUUCGUGACCAUGGAAAGCACUCGCUUGUGAUUUUCGACGAUCUCUCCAAGCAGGCUGUUGCGUACCGUCAGAUGUCUCUGCUGCUUCGCCGUCCUCCCGGACGUGAGGCGUACCCCGGUGACGUUUUCUACCUCCACUCCCGUCUGCUGGAGCGUGCGGCCAAGAUGAACGACAAGCACGGUGGUGGUUCCAUGACUGCCCUUCCCAUCAUUGAGACCCAGGGUGGUGAUGUGUCUGCCUACAUUCCCACCAACGUCAUUUCCAUCACCGAUGGCCAGAUCUUCCUGGAGUCUGAGCUCUUCUACAAGGGUGUGCGUCCGGCCAUCAACGUCGGUCUCUCCGUCUCUCGUGUCGGUUCCGCUGCCCAGCUCAAGGCCAUGAAGCAAGUCGCCGGCUCGCUCAAGCUUUUCUUGGCCCAAUACCGUGAAGUCGCUGCCUUCGCCCAGUUCGGCUCGGAUCUCGAUGCCGCUACCAAGCAGACCCUCGCCCGUGGUGAGCGGUUGACCGAGCUCCUCAAGCAGAAGCAGUACUCGCCCUACGCCGUCAACGAGAUGGUUCCCGUCAUCUUCGCCGGUGUCAACGGCUACCUCGACUCCGUCCCUGUUAACAAGAUCCAGCAGUGGGAGACUGACUUCCUUGCCCACCUCAAGACCAACGAGGCCGAGCUUAUGGCCACGAUCGAAAAGGAGGGUGCCAUCAGCCAGGAGCUGGAGAAGAAGUUGAGGGAAAUCAUCCCUGCCUUCGUCAAGAGCUUCCUGGGUUAAAUCACACGUAAUACAAAGUGUUCCUGGGAUGAACUACGGGGAGGCUCGCCGAGGGUGAGGUGAGGAUGUCUAUACCGCAACGUCCGUGUGUUUCUAAAGCAGGGGCUCCGUCUUUCGUGUGCUGGACUGAGUAGAGGCGCGUGAGGAGAGGGAGAUUCUCCCGUAAACCCAUUGUAAAAUAGAGAGCAGCAGACUCAAUCAAGCACUCGAUUUCUUUUGUCUUGAACUGUGGCGCCCAGGCUUCCGGUCGUUCUGAGCUGCAUGAUGGGAGGAGACUUUCAAGGUAGCAUAUCCACUAAGCAUGCCAAGGAGCUCCAAGAGAGCUUUAUACAAAAAUACCAAACAAAGAGUG